AUGAAAUCAAUGCCGUACAACAAAAUUAAACAAAUACAAGAUGAUUGCAUUAAUUCUGUAUCUACUGCUGAAGAUAAUAAUAAUGAUUCUAAAUCUAUGUCUAAUCAUGUGGUACACAACACAUCUACAGAUUCUACAUCUACCUCUAUUAAUUUGUCUUCAGAAAUUUAUACAAAUGAUAUUGCUUGCUUUUUAUCAAACCAAAGACUGAAACAAUCUGAAAUUGCUAAAUGCUUAAAGCUUGCUUGGGUACCUCUACCUAAUUUUGCAUUUCCAGAGAAGAUAGAAGGAAAGCAAAAAAGAAAGUUUCAGUACAAAUAUUUAACAACAUUUCCUUGGCUAGCCUAUAGUCAUCAAAAAGAAGGCGCAUACUGUAAACAAUGUAUAUUGUUUGCAUUUUCUGGUGGUGGAAUAGCAAAUCAGCGUUUGGGAAAAUUGGUUACUGAACCCAUGGUGAAAUUUAAAGAUGCCAUUAAUGAAUUCAAAAACCAUGAAAAAAAGGAAUACCAUCUUCUGUCAGUACAAAGAGCAAAUGACUUUUUAAUAAAUUAUGAAAGUGGAGGUAAUAAAGCUGUUGACGUUCUUCUUGAUAAACGUAAACAACAAGUAAUUGAAAGCAAUAGAAAGAGGAUUGUACCAAUUAUAAAAACAAUUCUAUUUUGUGCAAGAAAUAAUUUGCCAUUACGUGGGCAUAGAGAAUCUGGUUUGUUGUCAUCAAGUGAAAUUAGAAGUAGUUGUUUGAAUGGCGAACAAGGAGUUUUCCGUGCACUUCUUUCGUUUCGAGUUGAAUCUGGUGAUACAGCACUUCUGAACCACAUUGAAACUUCACCAAAAAAUUGUACAAUGAUCAGCUCUAGAAUACAGAAUGAAAUAAUAGUUGCGGUUGGAGAUGUGAUAGUAGGAAAAAUAGUAGAACGAAUCAAAAAAUGUAUAUUUUUUUCAAUACUGGUGGAUGAAACGACAGAUAUUAGUACAAUUGAACAAAUGACUGUGUGUAUAAGAUAUGUAGAUACAUCUUGCUGGAUUAUACGAGAAGAUUUUGUAGGUUUUGUUGAAAUGAACUCAACAACAGGUUUAGCAAUAAAAAAUUCAAUUUUAGAUAAGCUUAAAGAUAUUGGUUUAAGUAUAAAUAACCUCAGAGGCCAAGGAUAUGAUGGUGGUGCAAAUAUGUCGGGGAAAAAUAAUGGUGCUCAAGCUCUAAUUCAAAAUGACCAACCACUUGCUUUCUACACACAUUGUUUCAGCCAUUCAUUAAAUCUUUGUCUUGCAUCUGCAAAAAGAGCUGAUAAACUAAAGUCAGUUAUUGAAGCGGACACAACUAGUAAUUCUGAACAAAGUAAAAAAAUGAAAUUAAAAAAACUUUGUGAAACUCGGUGGGUGGAACGUCAUGAUGCUCUAAUAACAUUUAAGAGUUUAUACAUAUACUUAGUUCAUGCACUUGAAGAUCUACAGAAUGAUACUAAUCUUGAAACUUCGUGCAAAGCCACAUUGUACUUAAAUUCUAUUAUGAAAAGUGAUUUUUUAGUGUCACUUGAAGUCACUGUUACUGGUUUUUCAUAUACAUUGCAACUUAGUAUAUCACUGCAAAGUAAGCAGCAAGAUUUGUCAAAGGCAUUGUCUGAUAUAAUGGUGAUUCGAUGCGCAUUAGAGGAACUUCGAGAAAAUGCAGAUGUUAACUUUAAAAAAAUGUUUAAAGAUAUCGUUGAAUUUGCAGCAAAAUUUGAUGUCGAAAUAAGUAUGCCACGAGUUUGUGGACGACAAACUCAUCGAGUCAAUAUAAAUGUAACCGAUCCAGAAACAUAUUUUAAAAUUUCAGUGUAUUUGCCAUUUCUUGAUUAUAUAAUUCAAGCUUUGCAUACACGAUUUGAUGAUAGACUAUCUGAUGUUAUGCCUCUGGAAGGACUGAUUCCAUCAAAUUUUAGUUUAUAUGAUGAUGACUCUAUUUUAAAGGCAGCUAUGCAUUAUGAUAAAGAUCUUACAUAUAGUGAUAGUUCAUGUCUUAGAGCUGAACUACAUAUGUGGAGAUGUCAGUGGUAUAAUAAUGAUGACAAACCACAAUCAGUUAUUGAUACACUACCUCACUGUACAAAUCUAUUACCAAACAUCCAGGUGCUGUUAAGACUGUUUGCCACUUUGCCAAUUACUUCUGCUACACCAGAAAGAACAUUUUCAACAUUGAAACGUUUGAAAUCCUAUUUAAGAUCAACCAUGACAGAAGAACGUCUUAAUGGAUUAGCUUUAGCAAAUAUAAAUAAAAAAGAAAAUCUAACUGAAUUGGAAGUUAUACAACAAUUUUCAAAAACAUCACCGAAGCGACUACAAUAUUAG